AUGGCUGACUCUGGAUUUGAGUUUCUCUAUGAUGUUACUGCUGAUGGCAACAUUCCUGUCUCAAAGUACAAGUCUAAGAAUACUGGGACGACUGUCUUUAUAGCCCAAGUCGAGGGUCCAUUGGUUAAUGGAUAUUUUUGUUUAGCCACAGAAGCCCAUGAUGAUGAUGGACUUCCCCAUACGUUGGAGCACCUCAUCUUCCUUGGCAGUGAAGACUACCCUUAUAAAGGAGUACUUGACCUGUUGGCUAACAGAUGCUUGGCCUCUGGUACAAAUGCCUGGACUGACACAGAUCACACCUGUUACACAAUGACCAAUGCCGGCAGUGAAGGUUUCCUUAAGCUCCUUCCCUAUUACCUCGACCACAUCCUGUACCCAACACUCACAGAGUCUGGUUAUGUGACAGAAGUUCACCAUGUAAAUGGGGAAGGAGAGAAUGCUGGGGUGGUUUAUUGUGAGAUGCAGGCACGGGAGAAUACUGGUGAGAGUCGCUGUCAUCUGGAGAUGGUCCGUGCUAUGUAUCCGGGACAUUGUGGGUACAAGUCUGAGACAGGCGGUAUCAUGGCUAACCUUCGUGAUAGUACCUCACACCAAAAGGUGUGCGAUUACCAUCGUGAAUUUUACCGCCCUGAGAACCUCUGUCUCAUCAUCACUGGUCAAGUGUCAGCGGAGGAAGUGUUUACGGCUCUGAAGCCUGUUGAGAACAAAAUCAUCGCAAAGGGAAGUCGUUCUUUCUUUACUCGUCCCUGGAUGAAUAAGGUUCCGAAACUAGAGAAACCUAUUGUUGUCAGUAUUCCCUACGCAGCUGAUGAAGAAACACAUGGUAUGGUAAACAUGGCAUGGAGAGGGCCACAUGUUAAGGAGCAGUAUAUGAUGAAUGCCCUACACAUUCUUCAAGAGUACCUAUCAGACUCACCUAUCGCACCCCUUCAGAAGGAACUUGUGGAAGUUGAAGACCCCUACUGUAGCCAGAUAUCAGCAAGCAUUAUUGAGAACACGGAAAUACUUUUAUACUUCAAUUUCACAAAUGUGACAACAUCAAAACUAACUGAGGUCAAACAAAAAGUAAAUGAUGUACUGAGAGCAACACAUGAAGGAUCAUUAGACAUGGCAAGGAUUGACAGUAUAGUUCACCGUAAGAUUCUGGAGUCACUCCGCCAUAUAGAGGAUUCUCCACAUGAUACAAUGUCCUUCAUUAUCAUUGGGGACUUCCUGUACAGUCAAGACAAGGCAGAUACAGAUGCACGUGUAAAUGUGGUCACUCAGCACCAGAAGAUGAAAACAGAGAAGGAAGAUUUUUGGAAGAGUCUGCUGGCCAAGUUUUUACUCAGUGAUGUCCAAGUUGUGAUAGAAGGCGUACCAAGUAAAUCCUUCAUGGAAGAGUCGGGACAGAAAGAAAAAGACAGAGUUGCUAAGCAGCAGGAACAAUUAGGGGAAGAUGGUAUGAAGAAACUUGGUGAAAGACUUGAAAAAGCAACAGAGGAAAAUGAGAAAGAGGCACCAGAAGAUGUGCUUACUCAGGUUUCAGUUCCAGAUGUCUCUAGUAUACACUUUCAUCACAUCAACUCUUCCUCCAAUCUUAACCCCAAAACUGGAAAUUCAAACUUGAAAUUCCCUUUGGAUGAAGUCCCUUUUAGAUUUCAGCUUGAUGACAUGAAAACAAAUUUUGUCCAGAUCAGUGCUCUACUUGACUCCAGCAGUGUGUCACGGGACCUGAGGUUGUAUCUACCACUCUUGUGCCAGGUUGUGUUUGAGAGCCCGAUUCUAAGGGAUGGAGAACUUGUAUCUCAUGAGGAGAUCGUAAAGCAGCUGGAAGCAGAUAUGUUGAGUUAUGGUGCCAGUUUAGGGGCAAUCAGUACAGGGACAUUCUCCUGUGGAGCUUACCCCCAAGUGGUCCACUUCCAGCUACAGUUAGAGAAAGACAAGUAUGAGAAAGGCAUACAGUGGAUGAAGGAGUUAUUGUACAGGUCAAAGGUCACAGUGGACCGGCUGAAGAUUGUAGCACAGAGACUUGCUAGUGAUGUAGCCAGCAGUAAACGCAAGGGAAUAAAGGUUGUACGCACCGUAGUAGGAGACAUGGUGUAUCACAAAGACUGUAAUGUGACUGUGACGAACAUGCUGAGGCAGGAAAAGUUUUUAAAAAACACACUGAAACAGCUGGAAACAGACCCAGAUAAGGUCUUAAAAGAUAUAGAAGUAUUAAAGCAAACCCUAACCAGACCAAGUAACCUUAGAAUACACUUGUCAGCAAACGUAGAGUCUCUGACACCAUCUCCUCAGUCACCGUGGAUACAAUUUGUACCCAGUGACGUCCCAGAUGAACCAAUGAGUUCCUGCAUGAAGCAGACAUAUGAGUAUAACCUUGGGUAUGCAGAGAGCCCGGAAACAUGUGUGAUUGUAGGGGUGGGAUCAGUAGAAUCUUCUUAUCUGAUACAGGUUGUACCCAGCAUCUCGUCCUUUAUGGAUGCUGACCUCCCAGCUGUAAUGGUCUUCAUACAGUACAUGACCCAGUGUGAAGGUCCUCUUUGGCGUCAGAUCAGAGGACUUGGCCUCUCCUAUCACUAUGGGAUAAGUAUAGAUGCUGAAAAAGGCCUUCUGAAAUUUCUUUUGGCCCGGUCUACCAAUAUUACAGAGGCCUACAAGGAAGGAAGAAAUAUUGUGAUGGGCUAUGUAAAUGGAGAAACACCGUUCUCCACUGUAGAGCUGGAGUCAGCAAGAAGCAGUCUGAUAUUUGAGAUAAUUGAGGAGGAGAAGACACUGUCAAGUGUAUCCCAACUGUCCAUGCUGUCUUACUUCAGGGGAAUCAGUCUGUCCUAUAACAAAGAGUUAUUGGCAAAGGUUGCCAUGGUUACUGUAGCUGACUUGAAAAGGGUUGGUCCCAAGUAUAUUUCACCCCUGUUUGAUGUAACGAAGACCAGGACCGGUAUAUGUUGCCAUCCUACCAAGGUGGAAGAGGUGAAGAAAGAGCUUAAUCAAAUGGGACUCAAUCUGAAGGUAUUGUCAUCACUGGAGGAGGACUUCUUGUGUAGUUAUUAGUAACAGACAGAAACACACAAAUACUGGAGACCUGAUGUUCUGGUUCAAAGACACAGGACCUGAAGGUCCAGUGCGAAGAGAGACAAGACCUGAAAAUCUUGUACUGAGAGACACAAGACUUACAGAUCCAGCAUCAUGAGACACAAGACCUGAAGGCCAUGCAGCGAGAGACACAAGACCUGAAGGUCCUGGUACCAAAUGACACACAAGUCGUGCGCUGAGUGAUACAUGACCUGAAAGGCCUGUACUGUGAGACACAAGACCUGAAGGUCCUGUAGCACAAGAUGCAAGACCUAAAGGUCCUGUACUGAGAGACAAGGCCUGAAGGUCUAGUAUUGUGAGACGCAAGACCUGAAGGUCCUGUACUGAGAGAUCAGGCCUGAAGGUCUAGUUUUGUGAGACACAAGACAUGAGGGUCAUGUACUGAGAGACAAGGCCUGAAGGUCUAGUUUUGUGAGACACAAGACCUGAAGGUCCUGUACUGAGAGACAAGGCCUGAAGGUCUAGUUUUGUGAGACACAAGACCUGAAGGUCAUGUACUGAGAGACAAGGCCUGAAGGUCUAGUAUUGUGAGACACAAGACCUGAAGGUCAUGUACUGAGAGACAAGGCCUGAAGGUCUAGUUUUGUGAGACACAAGACCUGAAGGUCCUGUACUGAGAGACACACAAUUUUGAAGUCCUACACUGAGAGACACAUGACCUGAAAGUCCUGUUAUAGUCCUGUUCAAAGUCACAAAAGAUCACAUGGUAACAUUAUUGCAGAAAAAAGGGCUCCCUGUUUUGGUGUUAUGUGAUGUUCAUGGUUUGGUUAUGUCUUCAGUUACACAUUUUGCUGUAUCAAAAAUAUCAUGUAAAUAUUCUUCACACAUUUUGUGAGAAUGUCAUGCAAGGACUACCGAAGCUUGUUUUAGCAUCACAUUAAGUAUACAGCUUGAAAAUUAUUUAAAUAGACUGCAUUGCAGCCGAAUAUGCAAUUUCAGUGCUAAGAAUCCUUCCAGGUCUGUUUACCUCUGUGUAUAUUGAGGAGUAUAUACAGUUAUAUUGAUUCUUCUUAGACUGUUUUUUAAUAUUGUCAAAAAUAGAUAUGCAUUUAUGUCAGGACUAUUUCCAACAACACCUUUCUGCAAGAAAAAUUUUCCAUAAAUGACCAAUAUAUGAUUCUGUACUAAUGAAUAUAUUACUGAGUGAAUAAAAAAACUUAAAUACA